UCCUGUCUGGCGCCAGCCACGUUGGAAGCGGGGCUGCCCCGCAGAAAGGCCACUCCCUGGCCCCACAAUGCACUGCGGGUCGCGUCACUCGGAGCGGCGGGUCCCGGCUCGACAGGUCUCCUCUUCUGGUUGAAAUGUCCAUGAUUUUAUCUGCAUCAGUCAUUCGUGUCAGAGAUGGGCUGCCACUUUCUGCUUCUACUGACUAUGAACAAGGCACAGGCGUGCAGGAGUGCAGAAAGUAUUUUAAAAUGCUCUCGAAGAAACUUGCUCAGCUUCCUGAUAGAUGUACACUGAAAACUGGACAUUAUAACAUUAAUUUUAUCAGCUCUUUGGGAGUGAGCUACAUGAUGUUGUGCACUGAAAAUUACCCAAAUGUUCUGGCCUUCUCUUUCCUGGAUGAGCUUCAGAAGGAGUUCAUUACUACUUAUAACAUGAUGAAGACAAAUACUGCUGUCAGACCAUACUGUUUCAUUGAAUUUGAUAACUUCAUUCAGAGGACCAAGCAGCGAUAUAAUAAUCCCAGGUCUCUUUCAACAAAGAUAAAUCUGUCUGACAUGCAGAUGGAAAUCAAGUUGAGGCCCCCUUAUCAAAUUUCCAUGUGUGAACUGGGGUCGGCCAAUGGAGUCACAUCUGCAUUUUCUAUUGACUAUAAAGGUGCUGGUAAGAUUUCUUCUGCUCACCAGCGACUGGAACCAGCGACUCUGUCAGGGAUUGUGGCAUUUAUCCUCAGUCUUUUAUGUGGAGCUCUGAAUUUAAUUCGAGGUUUUCAUGCCAUAGAGAGUCUUUUGCAGAGUGAUGGUGAAGAUUUUAAUUACAUUGUUGCAUUUUUCCUUGGAACAGCAGCCUGCCUUUACCAGUGUUACUUACUUGUCUACUACACCGGCUGGCGGAAUGUCAAAUCUUUUUUGACUUUUGGUUUAAUCUGUCUGUGCAACAUGUAUCUCUAUGAACUGCGCAACCUGUGGCAGCUUUUCUUUCAUGUGACUGUGGGAGCAUUUGUUACACUGCAGAUCUGGCUAAGGCAAGCCCAGAGCAAGGCUCCUGAUUACGAUGUCUGACCCCAUCCUUCAGACAUACUGCCCUGGCCUCUGGGGGAAAAGGAGGGAGCAUAUCUUAACUGCCACUGUGAUGAAGAGACUGUUCACCACACUCGAGGAGCUCUGCUUUCUUUCUCGCCAGCUAUCCUUUUUUGUUUUAAGUCCGCAUGGCAUGCCUGGGAGCGUGCAGCACCUGCUAGGCAAACCCCUCAUGUUAGUCGCGGGAUUAUUAUUCAGAGGAGGAGGAGGCUUCUCUAUCCAGGGCCACGACCGUGGAAGAACAGUCAGAAGCCAUUUGGAGACUUGGCCAGCGGUUCUGAAUCCUUCUGAAGAGUUCAAUCAAAAAAUGUGUGUGGUACAUGCUCAGAGGACCAAGCGGGAACUCUACAGUCUGGGUUCGCCUUUGUGAGGCACAAGUAUAGCGCAAAUAAAAACAUGCCGUGGAGUUUGUGUUUAAAACAA